AUGAAUGACACCAGCGGCGCUCCCUUAGCAAUUGAUUCUGAUCUUUAUCCUGCUCUUAUUCAAUGUUUCUUUAUUAUUGGUGUCGGUUAUGUUGCUGGUCAAUUAAAUUUAUUAACAAAUACACAUUCAACUGGUCUUUCACGUUAUAUAAGUAAUUUUGCACUACCAGCGGUAGUUUUUAAAAAUCUCGUUGAUGUACAAUUUGAAAGAGUAUCAUGGGAAUUUAUAGCAUCUGUAUUUAUAGCUAAAGCAUUUGUUUUUGUUUUAACAGCAAUUUUAUCUGGUAUAGGUGAACGUCCAAUAAAUUUUGCAAGUAUGGGUUUAUAUGCAAUAAUGGCAUCACAAAGUAAUGAUUUUGCAUUAAUGUUACCAAUAAUUGAUGCUGUUUAUAAACAAUCACAUCCAGAUUAUGGACGAUAUAUUUAUUUAAUAGCACCAAUAUCCUUAGUUAUACUUAAUCCAAUUGCUUUGCUAUUAAUUGAAAUACAAAAACGUUUAGAUGAUCAAAAAAAACAUUCAAAAAUAUCUUUAUGGCAUCGUUGUCAAUUAAUAAGAAAAGUAUUUAAUAAUAUAAGUCGUAAUCCAAUUGUUAUAUGUACAUUACUUGGUGUUAUAUUUAAUCGUAUAUUUCAUCAACAUUUACCAAAUAUACUUGAACAUAUAUUAACACCAAUAGCACAAUCAUUUAGUUCAACAGCAUUAUUUUAUCUUGGUUUAACAAUGGCUGGUAAAUUACGUCGUCUUCAUACACGUCUUGUUAUAACUGUAUUUAUUAUUAGUAUGAUUAAAUUAAUUAUGUUUCCAUUAGUAUUACGUGAAGCAAUAUUUUUACUUGUUAAACCAACUAAUGGAACUUUAAAUAAUACAAUUGAUUAUUCGAAUUUUGGUUUUCUAUAUGGAACAGCACCAACGGCACCAUCAGUUAUAUUUUAUGUGCCAGAAUCAAAUGCUGCAUUACGAGCUAUUGCUUCAACAGGUCUUAUUAUUUCAACUUUACUUGCUGGACCAAUAAUGGUUGUUUCAGCUAAAAUGAUUAAUUUAAGAACAUUAGAUAUAAAAUUAAAACAAUCAUAUGAAUCAACAUUAGUAAAAACAUCAUAUGAUGUUAGUAUUAUAUCAUUACUUUGUACGAUUAUUGUUCUUAUUGGAUUUUGUUUACGACGACAUUUAUUAAAGACAUCACCUAUUCAUAAAUAUACAUUUAUUUUUGCUGGUCUUCAAAUGAUACAUGCAAUAUGGACAAUAUCAGUUCAAUAUAUAACAUUACCAAUAUCGAUUAAGGCUUCGAUAAUAGUUGAUCUAGGUAAAUGA